CAAUAUUCAAUAACAAACGCAACAUGGGAUGAAACCCGGAACCGGAAGUACUUUGAGAAUUGGACGACGCCACUACACAGCAUUCUGGGAGUUGAAGUUUUAUUGCGGACAUAAAUCAAACACUUACCAAUUUACACGUCGUCUUUGUAAUUAAAGCAAAAAAGCGCCCUGGCUGAUGAAAAAAUGCAAAAUUCCAACACAUGUGAAGAAACGCAAAUAAACACCCUGCAAAAUGUUAGCCAACGUUUCAUCACUGAAACUGAAACUCUGCAAAAAAAGGAGGAACUACUCAAAUCCUUACAGGUGACUUUGUCAGAUAUGCAGAAGAACAGUGAUGAAGCUGAAAACAAGCUGAGACGUAAAGCGGGACAUCUCGUCAUCAUGGAGGAUGACCUACUACAUAUCGAGCAGCAAGUUGAGGCUGGACGUGACCACUGUGCCUCCCUGACAGCGGACAAGACAAAGCUCUCGGAGCAAAUAGGUGGGGAAGAGGAGAAAGCCUGCAUUUUACGAUCUCAGUUUGACAUUUAUCGAAGAAAAAUGGAAGGCCACAGGCAAGCUGUUUUGCAUGCUGUCAGCGGUAUAGAUGUUUGCGAGAAGAUGGAACUUGUCCAGAAAAUGAGAAAAGCCAAGGAGGACCUGAAGGAGGAUUUAAAGAAUCCACAUGGCAUGAAAGUACAGACGACAAAGAGAGAAAUUGAUGCUCUGACCGGGGAAAUUAGAGAGAUGAUGGAAAAUAUAGCGGAAAUGAGGGAAAUUCACCUGAAAGAGUUGGAGAGCCAUGCUCAGAUAAAGAAAGACAUUGAGGUCCAAAACCAGCGCUUUGAUGACAUCAGCGGACAACUUCACUCUCAAAUCAGCAAGGCCGAAGCCGUCGAUGGGCAAAUGUCCAGAGACAUCAAUCUAAUGGAGAGAAAGAAAGCUCAGCUCCUAAGGCAGCUGGGAUCAUCAACCGACUCUGGUGUCUUCUAAAUCAAUACAGACAACGUGGAUUGUUGAAUUGCACAAACACGUAAUGUGUAAGAAUCCAUCCCUCUUUCUUUCAUGAAUUGUUUCUACAGUUAACCAGUAGAUGGCAGCAUUGUCAAGUAAAUGAUUAAUUCGCUGAAAGCCACAGCCCAGACAUGACUACAUAAUACCUUGCUCAAAUAGCUUCUGGUUGGUUGGGUAUGAAUACAUUUACCAGUUAUUGCAGGCUUGCAGAGUAUAGUUUUCAAGUAUAUGCACUGAGUAUAUAUUUUUUUCGCGUGGAAAGAAGAGCAGAUCAGCGGGCUUUUUUCCCCCCAGACUCAAUGUUAGCAGUGAAUCAGCUCAUUCCAAGCACGACAGUCUGAACAAAAGCUCCAACUGUCGAUAUGUUGUGGUACACACUGUUCCGGCUUCCGCCUCAGUAGCUCGCCUGAUGCAAGGUGAGGUGACAGUCCCACUGCAGGCUAACAAGGCGAGACUGUGCCUCUUGGACCACAUCUUAAAACUAACUAGCUUUAAUCAGUAGACAUUGUUAGACUUUCUGCGCAUUACAGAGGUUUGUACUGAUCAUAAUAGUUCUACAUGUUGAAGUAUGUUUUUGUCUUUAGUGUUUUUGUUGAAUAAAAGUGCAAU